AUGGUCACAGAAAACGCAAACUCUCCAUAUCCGCCUCCGGCUGAAUUCGACCUGCCUGGCCGUCGCAGACACCAAGAGCGUCGUCUCGCUCUCCGCGCUCUCCGCAUCACCCGCCGGACCCGCGUUCGCGCUCUCCUCUCCCACGAACACACCCUCCUAACCAUGAACACCCAUGGCCGCCUACUCCACAACAUUUAG